ACAGCACAGGAUUUUGUGCAGGGCUAGGGGAUGACUCCCCCAGCUCUUUGUAGACCCUGGUGAGUGCUGCAAGACUUUUCUUGGUGCUAUUACAAUAAUGGGGACAGUGACAGCUUUUAUGUCUGGUGUGACGGUAGUCGGGGCUGCAAGCUCAGACAAUCUCGCUGUUUCAAUUCUCCCUGGGAAGGGGAGGAGCCAGCACUGUUGACGCUGAAGCCCAGAAAGCCAAGCACCCCAUCGCUAAGCAGGAGACUGAGUGGUCAUGUGGAAUCCUUUGUCAUGGGACACAAGCCCUGGGGACCAGUGAUUGCACCUGAUUGUGCAAUAAGACCAACUGAGACAACCAUGGAAGAAAUUGAGGGUGAAGGGGUCUUCAUUCUAGAGUCUGAGAUCUUCUGGAAAUCUGAGGUCUUUCCAAAGGCAGGGGAGUCAAGGGCCCAGCCAGUGGCAGUGCUUUGAGACUAUUCUGAAUCAAACCCUUUACUUCCACCACAAAUCCACCUGGAAAAAUAUGAGAAUGAGUUCUUCAUGGAAAGUCAAUAAGAAAGAGCUGACUUCUGCAUCCAGUCACCUGAACCCACCUGAACAUCCUGAUGCUUCUAAGGACAGCCAGGCAAUGGUAUCGUCCUCUGGUGCUGAAACUGAAGCAACUGGAGCAUGGAGAGGAGUGGAGAGGCAAGGUCACCUACAAGAAAACUGAGGUUGAGAUCUCAGACCCCUCACAGGUGGAAGGGGAAGUCAAUAAAGCCCAGAACUUCAUUGCUGGGAAUGGGCUGAUGAUUAGCAGUAAGCUCAUUAGCCUGGAGGUCAGCUCCCCGAAUGUCCCAGACCUGACUUUAAUUGAUCUGCCUGGCAUCACCAGGGUGGCUGUAGGCAAUCAGCCCGCAGACAUCGGAUGCCAGGUGAGAUCACUCAUCAAGACAUACAUCCAAAAACAGGAGACCAUCAACCUGGUGGUGGUCCCCAGUAAUGUGGACAUUGCCACCACGGAGGCACUGAGCAUGGCUCAGGAGGUGGACCCUGAAGGAGACAGGACCAUAGGUAGGAGAGUGGGAGGUAACAGUGAUGUUGGUUUGCUAGUGAGGACACAAGCCCUGGAUCCAGAUGGACCAAUAUUAGUUCACACCCAGGGUCCCACUGAGGAGGGAAGAAGUGAUCCCUUCAUCUCAUCUCCCCACAUUCUUCUGGAGGAUGGGAAGGCCACAGUGCCUCUUCUGGCAGAGAGACUGACCACAGAGCUCAUCUCACACAUCUGUAAAUCGCUCCCACUAUUGGAAAAUCAGAUAAAUAAGAGUCACCAGAGUACAAUUGAGGAGCUUCAGAAGUAUGGCAUAGAUAUACCAGAAGACAGUAACAAGAGAAUGUUCUUUCUGAUUGAUAAAAUUAAUGCCUUCAAUAAGGAUAUCACUGCUUUGGUAAAAGCACAGGAAACUGUAUCAGGGGGAGGCAGUUGGCUGUUUACCAACCUGAGAAAGGAGUUUCUUAAUUGGGAUAAUUAUAUUGAGGAACAUUUCAAAAAAAAAGUGAGUGUCCAUUUGGAUUGGUGUACUUGGCACUUCAGUAACUUGAAUUUGAUUGCUACAGGCAAAAAAAAGGUCUUGCCCAUAGUUCAAGGUCAAGGCACCAGAAGAACAGACAGAUCCAAGUAUUUGAAAACCAGUAUUGGGGCUGGAGAGAUGGCUCAGAGGUUAAGAGCACCAACUGCUCUUCCAGAGGUCCUGAGUUCAAUUCCCAGCAACCACAUAGUGGUACAUGGUGCCCUCUUCUGGCCUGCAAGGAUACAUGCAGGCAGAACACUAUACAUAAAUAAAUUUUUAAAAAGAAAAGAAAACCAGUAUCAUGGCCGGGAGCUGCCAGGGUUUGUGAACUAUAAGACAUUUGAGAGUAUCAUCAAAAACCCAAUAAAAGCCCUAGAAGCUGCUGUGGUCUUGCUACACAAGGUCACUGACAUGGUCCGAUCCGCCUUCACAAAGGUUUCAUUAAACAAUUUUGGUGAAUUUUUUAACCUCUGCAGUACUGUCAAGUCCAAAAUUGAAGACAUCAGAUUAAAUCAAGAAAAAAAAAAAACUGAAAAGCUGAUCCAACUUCACAUCCAGAUGGAGCAGAUCGUCUACUGCCAGGAACAAGUUUACAGGAGAGCCCUGAAGGAGGUCAAAGAGAAAGAAGCUGAGGAAGAAGAGAAUAAUUUUAACUUUCAGUGUAACUCUCAAGCUCCUCAAGAGGACUUGUCUACCACUGAGAUGAGCCAGCACCCGAAUGCCUACUACGAGGAGUGCAGAAGAAGCAUCGGGAGACAGGUCUCUCUGAUCAUCCAGUACUUUCUUCUGCCAACAUUUGGGGAAGACAUGGAGAAAGCCAUGCUUCAGCUCUUACAGGACAAGACUAACUGUAGCCAGCUCCUGGCUGAGCGGAGUGACAUUACAGAGAAGAGGAAAUUCCUGAAGAGGCGGCUUUCAAGGCUGGACCAAGCUCGGCACAAGCUUGCCAUAUUCUCCUAUUAAUCAGGCUUUCCAGCCUGCCCUGCAUGUUAGUGGCAUGGUGUGGACCAAGGGUUGCUUUGAGGGAGAAAUACCUCAGUGCACAUUCCAUUAGUCUCACCCCUUUACUGUUGUAUAGUCUGAACCUUUUACUUGUUACCGUUCGGAAUUAGCAAAUUAAAAAACAACAACAACAACAACACAAAAACCCUUUGGUUUUCCAUUUCAAUCAAAUGAAAGCAGCUUCAUGGGGUCGAGACAAUAGAUCUAGUAAAGAGACAAACUUUAAAAUGUGUGUGUGUGUGUGUGUGUGUGUGUGUGUGUGUGUGUGUGUUGUGUAGGUCGAAGAACAACUUUGGGUGUCAGUCCUUAGGUAACUUCUACUUUUUUAGUAGAAUCUCUCCCUGGCCUGGAACUUCUCCACAUAGCCCUCUUAGAUCUAUUCCCCAGAAGAUCUCUUGUCUCUGCGUCCCAUCUCACUGUGACUGAGAUAGCAGAUGUGUAUCACUGUGCCUGGCUUUGUAUGUGGGU